UUUGUUAUUUUCUCGUUGUAAUCUUGACUGAUCUGUUAUCAUUAGUAAUAUUUACAGCGCACAGCUCCCCUGAGUCAGUCAGAGGUGAUGCUGCCGCAGCUCAGUCAGCGAUGAUGAGGGCAAAAAGCGACGUGAGAGGGACGUUAUUUCCACUCUGUGUGUGUGGCACUCAAUUUAUGAGGAAGUCAAGAAACUGAAGAAAAUGGACGACAUGCGUGUGGCGGAUUUUCUACCUGAAUCGACGGCGAAAAAUGGGAUCUACGCCUUCAGAUCGCGGAGAUGGAUCGAGGAUAUCUGCGCUAAAACAACGAUGCUAGCUUGCUAGCUUGCUCUUUGAUUUCCGACACAAAACGUUACGGUCGAGGUCGUAUUUUCCGCUACGAUAUCAAAACUUUUAGUCGUCUUGCUUCGAUUUUUAAUCACGGUUUUAUUAACGCAAACGGGUGACUUUUACCAGGUGACAUUUAGCGUCUUGCUACGUUAGUUAGCUGACUUUAGAGGUAGCUAGUAGCAUUAAAGCUAACAAAAUAUGUUAAGCUUAUUAACAUAACGUUAGCUUUUUUACAUGACAGUUACCACAGCUGUUAAACAGCCGGUAAUAAACGUUAAUAACAUUAAGAUAUCUGCUCUUAUAAACUAGUUUUGACCGCUACCUCCAUGUUAAUCAUUUGGGCAUCUUCAAUAACGAGGUUACAUUUGCAAAAUCUGUCAUUUACGAGAUAACAUUAGUGCACAAUCUUUGCUUUAGAGGUUGAUUAGAAACCUUAGACAAGGCAGUUUUAUUUAUAAGGCAGUUUUCAUAGAUAGAGGUUGGCGCUGUUAAGUUAAAAUCAAAGCUAUACAAAAGAAAAACCCACUAAAAGGUCAAAUAACAGUUAAAACUUGAGAUGACUACCUCGCCAAAUGGGACGGAUAAAAGAGACAUUAUAUGACAUUUGAGGCAAUUUUCUGUCUGUGUCAUCAAAUUAAUUUCCUCUUUCAUAAGCUAUCCUCUUGCUAAAAUGUGUUAAUCCAUAACAGGAGAGCUGACACAGCUGUAAGUAGUAAAAAAUUUCCACUUCAGCCUCAUCAACUGUGGCUCAUAACUCCCAGAAAUGCGUCUGUCCUCUUUUUUGGCCGUGUUCAGGCCUGCUUUGCCCCUCAUCCUCGGGCUGUCUCUGGGGUGCAGUCUGAGCCUUUUGAUGGUGUCCUGGACACAAGGGGACGCCGAUGACUCCUGUGGAGAUGAACUGGGGAAUGGGAGGCUUUUCAUGGGCAGAGGAGAUGCACAGAGAGACCCCAGGGAUGGAGCUGGAGAAGAAGAUUUCCAGCCACGUAUCGUGCCAUAUCAUAAAGAUCCCAACAAGCCACACAAGAAAGUCCUCAGAACUCGGUAUAUUCACACUGAACUGGGCAUCAGAGAGCGACUGCUGGUGGGCGUCCUCACCUCCCGGGCCACCCUCAACACAUUGGCCGUGGCGGUGAAUCGCACAGUCGCCCACCACUUCCACCGCACCUUCUUCUUCACAGGCCUGCGCAGCCCUAAGGUGCCUCAUGGCAUGACUGUGGUUGCCCACGGUGAUGACCGUCCGGUGUGGCUGAUGUACGAGACGGUGCGUCACCUCCAUCAGCACUACGGCUCAGACUAUGACUGGUUCCUCUUAGCCCAGGAUGACACUUACAUGCAGGCAGAUCGUCUGUCGGAGCUGGUGGGCCACCUCAGUGCAGGUCAGGACCUGUAUAUGGGCAGGGCUGAGGAGUUUAUUGGCGGGGAGGAGAAGGCACGCUACUGCCACGGGGGUUACGGCUACCUGCUGUCCCGCAGUCUGCUGGCUCGUCUUCAGCCCCACCUCGACACCUGCCGUAAUGACAUCCUCAGCGUGAGACCUGAUGAGUGGCUGGGCCGCUGCAUUAUUGACUACCUGGGUCUCAGUUGUGUGGAGGUGCACCAGGAGAUGACCUAUCGUUACUUCGAGCUGGGGAAAAACGCCGAUCCAGAGCGUGAAGACAGCAUGCAGUUUAAAAACGCCUUCACCGUCCAUCCGAUAUCAGAACCAAAUCUCAUGUACCGCCUCCACAAACGCUUCAGCCAGAUCGAGCUGGAGUGGACUUACCUGCAGAUACAGCAGCUGCAGGUGCAGAUCAACAACCUGAGUGACCUGACUCCCGAGGGAAAGGCUGGAGUCACGUGGCCGAUUGGAAUCAACCCUCCCUUCAAACCAAGAACCCGCUUCGAGGUCAUAAACUGGGAGUACUUCACUGAGGAGCACAUUUACUCGUGCAUCGACAGCUCGCCAAAGUGUGAGAUGAGAGGGGCCGACCGUGCGGAUGUAAACGCAGUUCUGGAGAUCGCAGUGGAGCGUCUGAAUGAACGCUACCAGCCACAGCUACGCUUCCGAAAGCGGCGUUUGCUCAAUGGUUAUCGGCGCUUUGAUCCCACGCGUGGUAUGGAGUAUGUGCUGGACCUUGCGCUGGAGGCCUACACCCAAAAAGGCCACAGUCAGGUCAUCGCCAAACGAGUUAACCUGCUGCGACCUCUAAGUGCUGUUGAGAUCAUCCCCAUGCCGUACGUGACGGAGGCAACGCGGGUGCAGGUCAUCCUACCGGUCACCGCCCAGGAUCAGGACUACGUUGGUAACUUCCUGGACAUGUACGUGAUGAACACUUUGGACACGCACGAUAAUGUUUUACUCACGUUCCUGUUCAUCUACGAUCCCUUUGAUGCACAGCGAGUCAGCCAGACCGAUGUGUUCGCCGGCAUUAAGGCGAUGAUCGGCGAGGUGGAGAAGCGCUACGGAGACGUAAAGAUCCCCUGGAUCAGCGUGAAGACGGAGGUGCCGUCACAGGUCAAGCUGAUGGACAUCAUCUCAAAGAAGCACCCGGUGGACACUCUGUUCUUCCUGGCUGGCGUGUGGACGGAGGUCAACGCCGACUUCCUGAAUCGUUGCAGAAUGAACGCCAUCAGCAACUGGCAGGUGUUCUUCCCCAUCCACUUCCAAGAGUACAGUCCCGCCGUCAUGUACCGAGACCAGCAGCCCUCCGCCGCCUCCGCCUCUUUCGCUUCGGAGUCGCUGCGAGACGGCCACUUUGACCGCCACGUCUUUGACGAGGCUUGCUUUUACAACGCGGACUACAUGACCGCACGGACCAAGAUGGCCGCAGACAUCCUGGACAACGAGGAGCUGCUGGAGAGCAUGGACGUGUACGACAUAUUUGUCCGUUACUCGGGGCUGCACGUGUUCAGAGCCGUAGAGCCGGCGCUGAUCCAGAAGUACGUGCGGCGAGUGUGCAACCCGCGGUUCAGUGAGGACAUCUACCACCGCUGCGUCCUCAGCAACCUGGAGGGUCUGGGGUCACGCUCACAUCUCGCUAUGGCGCUUUUUGAACAAGAGCAGGCCAACAGCACCUAAAGGCCUCAAACACGCCGCCUGGACUAACUGACACUCACGCAGAAUAAUGUGAAUUGUACUUCUGUGCACUGAAAUCUGCGCUCUGUAUUUGGCGGGAAGAGCUCAGCUGAAGAACAGCAUCGUCGCGCUCAUAAACACUUCGACAGAGCGAAAAUAUGUGCUGAUGCAGAAGUUUCUCCAGCUGAAAAUCUCUGCACAUAUAAGUACUUUGACUCAUGUCUAGACGAUUUAUGAGUCAUGGAGGUUUCUGGACUUCUUAUGUUCCUGCCAUCGACGCAUUCUUACAAGAGACGAGGACAGUAUUUAUACUCCAGUUUUUAAAGACAGAGGUUGUGCGUUGGAGUAAUAAAUGAACAAAGGCCUUCAUUGUUAUUGAUUAAAGGGGUAACUUUGGUAUUUUUCUACCUGGACCCCGUUUUCACGUUUUUGUGUCUAAAUGACGAAGGGGAACAACAAAAUUUGCAAGACAGCAGCAGACCCACACCUGGAACACACCGCAUGCUCGAGCAGUGCGUAACGGCAACCUCGCCGACCUGCGGCGGCGUUCACACGGGCAGCUUGCUGCUGUAUGCCCACAUUUAUAAGCACAUAUUCCACUCAUUUAUGAAGUCAAAAUUACAACUGUUGUUCCCGUUAGUCACUUUAGCACAAAAACACAGGAAAUUAAGGUCCAGGUUGAAAAAAAUACCGACAUUAUCCUUUAACUGAGAAAAAACUUGAGCCAUAAGUCUUCCUUAAUGAAGAUGAUAAAAACAGUACUGGAAACAAGCUGAAGCCGUUGGCUGCCUUUUCUUUUCUUUUCUUCUUUUUUUUUUUAAAGAGGUAUUAAAAGUGAUAUUUCUGUUCA